UUUAAGGAUUCACUAGUGAACAUGACCUCCAAUUCCAAUUCUACAUCCAGCCCUGGUCCCGAGGCUGCGGCUGCGGCUGCCACACCGGAGGCUUCACGACACAAUGCCCGACCUGCUCGCCGUCCGCGGCCACCCAGACCCAACUACAAACACAUCCACCGCUUCCCUCUGCCAGUCAGCGUUCAUCCGCUCCCUCCUCUCAUUCCUCACAACCCUCUGUCCCUUGUUAGCGUGCUCCUGUCGUAUCUGACGUACUUCGUGUCUCCCCCGCACCGUGAAGUCUAUCCCGCCUAUUUCGAUCCCGAUACUUCAUCGGUCCACGUGACGGACGAGAAAGCCAUCCGGGCGUUGUGGGAAAUGGGUUUCUUUGGAAAGGGCACGCUGAGUCGAAGCGAGCCGAGCUGGUUAGAGCGGGAAAAGAAGAGACGGGGCUUGCUCGGAGGAGUCACCAGUGAAGAGGCCACCCGCCAGCGAAGAUCCGAGCGUCGUGAACUGAAGUUAGAGCGAGCCAGGAUGGAGAGAGUUGCUAUCGAGGAAAGACUGAAGGCAGAGGCUGUCGCGCGAGAGACCGGCGUCAUGCCAGGCGAUCAGUCUUCCAUGCCAGCCGCCGCCGAGGGUGUUACUAACGGCACCGUCCCCACCACCGAAAAGUACUCUCUGCGAAAGGCCAAAGAGGCCAGAAUCUUGGAGACACGGCAAGCGGUAACACAGAAUGAAGAGGAUGGCUCUCCCGGGGGAAAGUCCCCUCAGGGCGGCAAGACCGUGCGGUUUUCCCCAGUGGUCCAAGCCAAAGAAUUCGCCUCGGAUUCAGCUAUCGUGCACCUACCGCAAUCCACCCCCCAGGAACAAGAAUCCAGCGAAGAACCGGGGCUGGAAAAUGAAGAGCAUCUCCAGCUAUCCCGAGAGGAGGCCUUCUUCUUGGUUUAUGGACUGGGCGCCCUACAGGUCUUUGACAGGGAACAGAACCGUGCACUGUCCUCUUCCUCUCUCCUGUCCACGUUCUGUCAACAUUCAUACUUCCCUUCACGGAGCCCUUCUACGGAUUUGAAUCCAGACGACCCGUUUAUGGUCUCGUACGUCGUGUACCACCACUUCCGGUCUCUUGGGUGGGUUGUACGCUCCGGUGUGAAAUUCGGAGUAGACUACAUUCUUUACAAUCGGGGUCCCGUUUUCUCGCAUGCCGAGUAUGCGGUAGUGGUUCUCCCAUCCUACGAGGACCCCUACUGGUCUGCCACCGAAGAGCGACAAGCGCAGUGUGCCCAGAGACAGGCCCGCAGCUGGUGGUGGUUCCAUUGCGUCAACCGGGUCCAGGCGCAGGUGAAAAAGACCUUGGUGGUUUGCUACGUCGAGAUCCCUGCCCCAGCUUCGUCUGACCCGAAGGCAUCUUCCGAGGGGGAUAUCGGGGCCCUUCUUGGCCGGUAUCAAGUUCGAGAAAUAACGAUUCGACGAUGGGUGCCGAAUCGGACCCGAGACUAGGCGAUGUUACCGUGGUGCUGAUUCUCCUGUACAUAAUAUUUGUAACAAUAUGUAACCAUCCAG